CCCGAGCGCUCGUACCGGGAGCAGCUCGACUACCUGAACCCCAUCGCCCAACCCCUCGCCUCCCGCAAACUGACGCGCAAGCUGUACAAGUGCAUCAGGAAAGCGGCCAAGCACAAGCCGAACCGUCGCGGGGUGCUGGCUGGCGACACGCUGCCCAUCGAUGUCUACUGCCACAUCCCCAUCAUGUGCGAGGACAGGAGCCUCCCCUACGCGUACGUCCCUUCCAAAUCG